AUGUUUGCAACGAAUUGGUUUCGUAAAUGGAAAAUUCUACCAUACACUGGAAGACGAAGACGACAACGUACUGUUACCAAUCUCGAAUCUCUACGUCGUGAUAUCGAAACAGACGUUCACCUUCGAGCAACGGAAGAUUUAUUGCAAAGUCUAGGGACAAAUGCGACGCAUGGCUUAUCCACAACCGUUGCAUGCGAUCUUUUAGACAAGACUGGUCCAAAUGAACUGACGCCUCCAAAAAAGAUUUCUAAUGCAUUAAAAUUCUUACGUUUAUGUUUCGGAGGAUUUUCUUUAUUGAUAUGGAUAGGUGCUGUAUUAUGUUUUUGCAAUUAUCUCCUGGAGUAUGGCACUUACGGCGAAGCUUCUAAGGAACAUUUGGGGCUUGGCAUCGUGCUCGUUGGCUUGAUCUUAGUUACAGCGAUGUUCAGCCAUUAUCAGGAGUCGAAGAGUUCUCGAAUUAUAGAGUCGUUCCAGCAGAUGUUACCGCAAAAGACAAAGGUCCUGAGGGACGGCGAAAAAAAGGUAUUGUCCGUAGCCGAAUUAGUUAUCGGGGACAUUGUCCUUUUGGAAACCGGUGACCGAGUACCCGCUGACAUUAGGAUCCUGGAAUGUCAAGGUCUUAAGAUCGACAAUGCUUCGAUUACCGGAGAAUCUAUCCCACUUUUAAGAACAGCCAAUGUUCAUCCAACGAAUAAUCUGAUGGAGGCAAAGAACAUGGUUUUCUUCUCGACUGAUAUAGUGGAAGGCAGCGGAAAAGGAGUCGUGGUUGCUCGCGGUGACAAUACCGUGAUGGGCAGAGUUGCUAAACUAACUUCGAAAUUGGCAUCAAGACCCACGCCUCUUUCACGCGAACUUCAUCGAUUCAUGAAAAUGAUAUCGUGCUGGGCUAUAUUCCUUGGAAUGCUGUUCUUUACCUUGUCCACAGCAAUGGGCUACACUUGGAUCAAUUCGAUAGCGUUUCUAAUCGGUAUAAUAGUUGCGAACGUGCCGGAGGGAUUGGCAGCCACUAUGACCGUUAGUCUCACUUUAACAGCGAACAGAAUGGCAAGCAAAAAUUGCCUGGUGAAGCAUCUCGAAGCUAUCGAGACAUUAGGAUGCACCGCUGUUAUUUGCAGUGACAAAACGGGAACGCUCACUCAAAAUAAAAUGACCGUUCGACACAUGUGGUACAACGGUGAAUUGCAAGAGGUAAUGGCUUCUGACACGUGGAGAAAAUAUAUUAAAAACACAGGAUUUCAUAACUUAGCCAGGGUAGCUAGUCUUUGUAAUCGGGCUGAAUGGGAGCCUUUACCUAAAAAUAUGCCCGCACCGCCGUUGAGAGAAAGGAAAAUUUUGGGGGAUGCUUCUGACGCUGCUUUAUUAAAAUGUAUGGAAGUUCUCGUGAAAGGAGGCGCAGAAGCAUAUAGAAGAACUUGCGUAAAGGUGUCCGAAAUACCGUUUAAUUCGACGGAUAAAUUUCAAGCCAACGUUUAUAUGUGCGGGGAGAAAUACGUUGUUUUUUUAAAGGGUGCACCAGAAAGAGUUCUAGAGCGAUGCUCGACCGUAGCGUUCGAUAACGAAACAAGGAAACUGAAUGAUGAAAUCAAGAAAGCUUAUACGGAAUCUUGUUAUAUUCUAGCAAAUAAUGGUGAACGUGUACUUGGUUUUGCUGAUCUCGAUCUGCCUGUAUCUUCUUUUCCAUCGGAUUACGUCUUCAGAGAGGAUCCUCCAAAUUUUCCUCUUCAAAACUUGAGACUAAUCGGAUUAAUAUCAAUGAUGGAUCCGCCGAGGCCAGCAGUGCCAGACGCAGUGUACAAAUGUCGUUGCGCCGGAAUCAAGGUGAUCAUGGUAACUGGCGAUCACCCUGAUACAGCGAGAGCAAUCGCUAAGUAUGUCGGCAUCAUCACCGAUGAUUUUUUGCACAACGAUCACAAUGAAAAGAAACAUUCGAUCGUGGUGACGGGAGUGGAGUUGCGAGACUUAGACUCGGAAGAACUCGACCGUAUCAUAAGACAAUACCCUGAGAUCGUUUUCGCUAGAACAUCUCCCGUGCAAAAGCUUCAGAUCGUAGAGAGCUGUCAACGACUUCAUCUGAUCACCGCUGUUACCGGUGACGGAGUCAAUGACACACCGGCAUUGAAAAAGGCCGAUAUUGGCAUCGCUAUGGGCAUUGCUGGGUCGGACGUGAGUAAAGAAGUUGCAGACUUGAUUCUAUUAAACGACGAUUUUGCCUCUAUAGUUGCCGGGAUCGAAGAAGGACGAAGAGUAUUCGACAACUUGAAAUCGAGUAUCGCGUAUACUCUAGCUAGUAACAUUCCAGAAAUAACACCCUUUUUGGCAUUCAUUGUACUUGGCAUUCCUUUGCCUGUAGGCGUGAUUUGUAUAUUGUGCAUAGAUCUUGGCACGGACAUGUGGCCAGCCGUUUCAUUGGCUUACGAGAAAUCUGAAUCCAACAUUAUCCUUAGGAAACCCAGAAUUCCACUAAAAGAUCAUCUCGUCAGUCAUCGGUUACUUUUCCUGUCUUACGGACAGAUCGGCAUAAUCGAAGCUUGUGCUGGUUUCGUCACAUAUUUCGUAGUUAUGGCGGAACAUGGUUUUCUACCUUAUAGAUUACUGGAUUUACGAUCGUCGUGGGACAGUAUCGUCGUAAACGACUUGCAAGAUUGUUACGGUCAAGAAUGGACGUACGAGCAGCGCAAGAUACUCGAAUAUACUUGCCAUACCGCUUUCUUCGUCAGUAUAGUGAUUGUUCAAAUUGCUGACGUGAUGAUCUGCAAAACUCGUCGUGUCUCUCUCUUUCAUCAAGGCAUGGACAAUUGGGUACUUAAUUUUGGGAUUGUUUUCGAGAUAACGGUAGCCUGCGUCGUUUGUUAUGUCCCUUAUAUGAAAGAAAUUCUCAGAACAUAUCCAUUGAUCUUUGAGUGGUGGCUACCAGGUGUACCGUACGCGGUGAUUAUUCUGAUUUACGACGAACUUAGAAAGCUUUGGAUCAGAAGAAAUCCUGCAGGAUGGUGGGAUCGCGAAACCUGUUAUUAAAUCUACGCAAAUGGAUAUAACAUAAUUCGAUUUACCAUAAAUUCUAAUCGUAUGACAGAACACUUUAAAGAAGCAUUUAACGAUAAACAUAAACGAUAUAAAAUAAAAAGAAGGCUAUUAAUAGAAGAGAAUAUCCCGGACACAGAAGACCAUUAAAGUUCUUGAUUCUGUGUUAAUGAAAUUCCAAUCAUAUUAAACGCUUUAUAUCUAAAAAUGCUUGAAACAUUGAUUAUCUUGUUUAAUGUACGGCUAACUCGAUG